AUCGAUUUUGUUGACUGAACAACUUAGUAACGAAUGCAUCACUGACACAGCCUCUGUAAGUUGGUAUCGUCAGUAACUGUUGUGAUUCAGCCAGAAGCAGCUGCUCUCUCCAGCUUCAAGCCUGCAUCUGUCACCUGAUGGUGACCACGCAAGAACGGGUGGUUUUCGAGAUGCAUUUGUUAACAGUGUUAGCGGCGUCAGUGUUGUGGCUCACUAGCGUGUGCUGUGCUAUGUCUGAUGGCGGGUAUCGACGACUUCCACAUUCCUCGUUGACGGCGUGUUCAGCCGCCUGCAGACACGAUCAUCGAUGUGAAUCGUUCACCUUCAACCUGCGCAACCUUCAGUGUCACCUGAAUGACGUCCAGUCAGCGCAAAACGAGGCGGUCAUUGUUCCAGGAAUCAUUUCCCGUAAACCUACUCAGAAUAAUGAGGUCACCGACCCGUGCACUGUGCUAUCCUGCUCGUGUGACAUGUCCACGUGCUCAGUCUGUCGUCACUGUGAAGUGAACCCGCGGACCGGGACGCCAUUUUGUGUCGUUGAUAUAUCUGCCUGCCUGGAACCCCCGUCUGUCGAGAAUGGCGUAGUACACGGCGGAGGAAACUGCCACGUUGGAGUGACGAGAAAUUACACAUGUAACCCUGGUUACGUCGACCUCUUCAGCGGUCAGGUCGUAUGCUCUGAGGACGGCACGUGGAGUGCUGGUGUCUGUAUGAAAGUGGACAAAUGUGGCCUUGCUCUGAACAAACCGGCAACUCAGAGUUCUACCGGGAGAGACGCAGCAAGAGCAGUUGAUGGGGACACAAACACAAACGUUGCUGCCGGGUCCUGCUCAUCAACGUCGUUUGGCGUGGACACUAAAUGGUGGUUUGUUGACCUACAGACCGUGCACGUGGUCACCAGUGUGUUUCUUACCAACAGCGACGACAUUUGCGCCAACUGCCUAACCAAUAUCAGUAUCCACGUGCUGUAUGACGUCACGAAGGAGGAUACGGCCUCGACCUUGUGCGCCAAUUACCCGGGUUCUACUGGAGCCGGUGUCACAGAGCGUGUGGCUUGUGUCAGCCCGUUACACGGUCGGUACUUGAGAAUAACAGCUGACAAUGUGUAUCCAGCAUUAGUCCUGUGUGAAGUUGAUGUGUGUGGGUCGAACACACACUGCGGCUUGGCGUUAAACAGACGAACGGAUCACAGUUCAAAGUAUGUGUUCGCGACAUCUUCACCAGUUAAUGACUUGGAGUCGAUUACGUUUCGGCUAGAACAGUGCGAUUUGGCGUUGAGCGGACUAGCAGCACAAAGUCCAGUGCAUGUAUUCGCGCCGGCAACGGUUAAUGUGUCAGAGUCCGUUGAGUUUCGGCUGCAGACAUGUGGCCUCACAGCUGCUGGUUCAAACCAGUGGUGGUCUGUUGAUAUGAGGCAAACUACCUACGUUACCAGCAUUUCUAUCGAAAAUGGAGAGGACUGCUAUGGACAUUUGCUUUCUAACUUGACCAUGCACGUGCAGCAGACAGCUUCACAAGCUCUGGACGCGGACACAGUAUGCAGUGAAGCAGAAACGUUCGGCACGAACUUAACAGAGACGUUUGUCUGUCCACAGAACCUCAUUGGUCGCUACGUUAACAUCACCAAGGCAAGCACAGAACCCUUGACUCUCUGUGAAGUGGAUGUCUGUGGCGUGUCUAUGGAAGCGCUAUCAGUACCAUGUGAAGCGAAUGGCUACAUCAGAGUAGGUGGAACUUGCAUUAAGUUGCACAAUAGGGAGGUUGGUGGGGACACUGCACACUCGACUUGCAAGGCUGAGGGGGCCAGACUUCUGCAGAUUGAGAACCACUCUACUAACACAGCAAUCAAGACGUUUCUGCAAAGUGAUGCAGUUCUGAAGAUUCACAGUUACUACAUAGGUGGUCGGUGGUCCAGUAGUGACGCCUGGUUUGUUUGGGAGGAUGGCACACUAGUCGACUACGACGAUGACUGGCAGGCUGGAUACCCUAAACUCGGCGGUCGAAGAUGUGUCAUUUUAAAGCAUGAAUUUAAUUUAAAAUGGCUGGACAAUCGAUGUCUCCGUCAACACUGGUUUAUUUGUGAAGCUACACCAUGAGGUGCUAACAAAAAUUUCCUCUUUUUGUUUGUUGUUUUUUUUCGUGUGUUUUUGUUUUUGUUUGUUUGUUUGUUUGUUGUUUUUUGUGUUUGUUGUUGUUGUGUUGUUUUUUUUGUGUUUUUUUUGUUAUUGUGGGGGUUUUUUU